AUGGUCAAGCCAUUCUUCCUUCCUAUUCUUCUUUCUGCGGGAGCUGCUGCAGCUUCCCAGACUUCUCAUUGUCGCUGCAGACCCGAUGAACCUUGUUGGCCCUCGCAGGAGGAAUGGCUCUCCUUGAAUAAGACCAUCCAGGGCAACCUGGUAGCGGUCCGGCCCGUUGCAUCAGUAUGCCAUGGAGAUGAAUAUAAUCCCCAGGCAUGUAAAGCAGUCAUUGGGCUCUGGUCCAAUUCUGCUUGGCGCUCAGCUCAGCCAGGCGCUGUCCAGUGGGAGAAUUGGGAAGCCUGGCCAGAAAAUCACCAGACCUGUUAUAUCGACUCACCCCGGGGAACCAAGUGCGGUCAAGGUCGGGUUUCCCUGUACUCGGCCAAGGUUCAGACGGUAUUCCAGGUCCAGCAAGCCGUCAAGUUCGCCAAUACCCAUAAACUUCGUCUCGCCAUAAAGAAUACAGGUCACGAUUUCCUGGGUCGCUCGACGGCACCGGAGUCGCUGCAGAUCUUGACUCGCGGGAUGACGGAUAUCCAAAUUGUGGAUGACUUUGUCCCGAGAGGAGCACCCAAGGGUAAAAGCGAGGGCCACGCGAUGACCAUCGCAGCUGGUGUACAGUUGCCUGAGCUGUACACGGCGGCUGCCAAACAAAAUAGAACAGUUGUCGGUGGAUCCUCGCAUACCGUGGGUGCAGCCGGAGGGUAUAUUCAAGGCGGAGGGCAUUCGCCAUUUGGGGCCUGGGGAGGCCUUGGAUCGGAUAAUGCCCUUGAGUUUGAGGUUGUCACCGCAGACGGCACCCUCGUGUAUGCGAAUGCGUAUCAAAACUCUGACCUCUUCUGGGCUCUGCGAGGUGGCGGUGGAGGAACAUUUGGUGUGGUUACCAGUGUCACGGUGCGCACGUUUCCCGAAGUGCCGGUUCUUGUGUACAACCUCAACAUCACCGCCGUUCAAGGGACCCCCCAGUUCUGGGAAGCUUGGAGUGAAUUCCAUGCUGCUCUCCCGUCUCUCAAUGACGCCGGUGGCUCAGGCUACUACUUCACUGUGCCCAACUUCCCUCUCAACACCAAUACUAGUGUUUCCGUCUUUAUCUCUCUUCUCAUGUUUCCUGGGAAAACUGACCCAGCCGAAAUCGACAAGUUAUACCAACCGCUAAAGUUGAAGCUGCAGCAACUCCAAGGAAUUCAGGUCCAGAACAUAUCAUUCCCCUUCCCUACUAUGAACUCGACCAUCUUCACCCUACUCCUGAGCGGGGAGAAUGCCGACAGCACGGGAAGCAUCUUGAUGCUCGGCUCGCGCCUCUUCUCGAAAGAUCUCCUGUCAUCGAAGGAUGGGGCAGAUCGCCUAACGGACGCCUGGAAGAGUAUCAAGAUGGACCCCUAUGACCAAAUUCUCGGCCACGUUGUGGCCGGCGGUGCUGUAGCAGCCAACGGGGAGAAGAUAGAUAGCGCCGUCAACCCAGCCUGGAGAAAGACCGUUACUCACAUGGUCUACUCGAGGAACUGGGAGGCCAACGCAACUCUCGCACAGCAGUCCGCAAUCAUCAAGAACAUGACUGAGAUCGAGAUCCCGAUUCUGCGGUCUGUCGAGGGCGAAGACCGGAUGGGCGCUUAUUUGAAUGAGGCUAAUGCCUAUGAGGACGGGUUCCAGCAAUCGUUCUGGGGCGAACACUACCCCCGUCUGUACAGCAUCAAGCAGAAAUGGGACCCCGCCGGGCUGUUCAUCUCGCGCAAGGGCGUUGGCAGCGAAGAUUGGGAUGACGCGGGCCUGUGUAUGACUACCGGGGGCCGCAGCAAGGCACUUGGCCACUGA